UGAUAGCCUGAAAUGCCUUCUUGGUAGCUAGUUAUGAGGUUGGGAGAGUGGGAACCUAUAUGGGCUAGCUAAAGCCAACGUCAUAAAAUUGUUUGGUGGCUAGUAGCGUUAGUAUUGGUAUUUUUUUUAAACGAGACAAAUCUGAGGGUGCGCGUGCCCCUGUGUCCCCAUGGGCAUGAUGCCUCUUAAGUUUUGCCACAAUUUUACCCUUCAUAUCACAAACGUUGCUGUCUACUUAAAAAAAAGAAUUAUGCUUACAAAUUAAUUUGCUAAAUAGUUUCACUUUGGUCCGUCCCACUAUUAAAGAGAAUCUGAAGUUCUUGAUUGGUGCUUUAGGAGAUGAGACCAGGAUACGGGAGAUAGGGUGGGCAGAGGGCAUUGUUCAAUUAUUCACAUGCAGAAAUUGAAUCCAGGCUAGCAAGAAGGGCUCAUUUACCUGUGGAAGACUAACCCGUACUCAAACAUGCAUGAAGCCGAAAACUCAAAUCUAAAACAGAAAUAAUGUUCAAAUCUAUUUUUAGUAGCUUGUAUGUUUUGUGAAUUUACAAGUUGUCAUGACAAAUUCUAGGUAAUUUUACAGGUUGAAAAGCUGUAGCAAAUGCCACUAUGGUGCAUGCACAUACAUUAUUAUAAAGGGCUGUUAGGGUGCCACUGAUAGCAGACUGGUUUGAUGUUUUUGACUAGCUGUGCUAUAAGAUAAAAUAUUAUGGUCAUCUUGUAGUUGGCUAUUUGUGAGAUUUACUAGAGAGGAGUUGAGUGAAGCUGAUGUCCAGUGAGUUUAAAUAGAAACAGAAGAUCAAAUAGGACAGUCAUACAUUUUUUUUAUCAUAUGCAGAGAAAGGCAGGUAAUGACUUAGUAGGUGACAAACUGAUAUGGGUCCUAUAAUUACCAUAAAGCUGAAUAUUGUGCCCAUAUCAUAAUACAUGGUUCCCUUCUCAAUAUUCUCACAGGAAAUAAGUCAUUUAUAAUGACAACUAUACAUUUCUUUAUAUAUAUAUAUAUAUAUAAGUUACCUUUUAUUUAACUAGGUAAGUCAGUUAAGAACAAAUGCUUAUUUAUAAUGACGGCCAAACCCAGACGAUGCUGGGCCAACUGUGCGCUGCACUACGAGACGCCCAAUCACAGCCGGAUGUGAUACAGCCUGGAUUCAAACCAGGGACUGUAGUGAUGCCUCUUGCACUGAGAUGCAGUGAAUUAGACUGUUGCGCCACUCAGGAGCCAAAUACAGGCAUAAAGAAUUUUACUGUACAUUACAUCUCUGGUAAAUGUUUAGAUACUGUGGAAUACAUUGUUACUAGAUCAGAUUCACAGACAAGAGUCUGACUGUAAAACCGCUAGGUGUAUUUGGCCAAUAUGAAGACGUAUAACAUGUCAUUUGUAUAAAAAACUAUUACGUAUUUAGUAUGCAAGUAAUAUUGUUUUUAAAAUGAUGCUAUUUUAACAAACCAUGCAACGAAUAACCAUAGAUGUAAUUUAACAUGACCCCGUUCAUACUGUUCUGUGCAAGUUUACAAGCUGAGAUAUGAGCCUAUCUACCUUUGUGUGUAACAGUAUUGUAUGUCAGGUGGGUAUCAUUUUACUGCAGAGAUAUUUGACACCCAGGUAAGGCAGGCACAUGUCUGAAGUCAGGUGACCUGAGGUGGUAUUACACACGGACACACUGGUCCUCACUACUGCCAGUAACUACAGAACAGGACCAUGACGUUCAUCGCGAAGACCUUCUAUGAUCUGAAGGCCACGACCCUGGAGGGGGAUUCAGUAGACUUCAAUGUGUUUCGAGGGCGGGUGGUCCUCAUUGAGAAUGUGGCAUCGCUCUGAGGGACAACCACCCGGGACUACAGCCAGCUCAACUUGCUCCAGAGCAAGUACCCUCACCGGCUAGUGGUCCUGGGCUUCCCCUGCAAUCAGUUUGGCUACCAGGAGAACUGUUCAAAUGGGGAGAUCCUGAACUCAUUGAAGUAUGUGCGUCCAGGAGAUGGCUACCAGCCUGGCUUCACUGUCUUUGAAAAGUGUGACGUGAAUGGAACCAACACUCACCCUGUCUUUGCCUAUUUGAAAGACAAACUUCCCUAUCCUGAUGAUGAUCCACACACCCUCAUCCAGGAUCCUAAAUUCCUCAUCUGGAGUCCCAUCAGCAGGACAGACAUUUCUUGGAAUUUUGAGAAAUUCCUGGUUGGGCCAGAGGGAGAGCCCUUUAAACGUUAUAGCAAAAAAUUUGAGACUAUCAACAUCGAGCCUGACAUACAAAGACUGUUGAGACUAACCAAGGCCUGAAAAUAGCAUGGAAAUGUUCUCCUUGUGUACUACUCAUUCAUGACUUCACAUCUAUGAUAGACAGGAACUAUUAUGGCGUCGUCCAUCCUUUUGAGUUUUACUAAAUGAGGUUAAUAUUCUAAACUUGGGAGUAUUAUCUGAGGCCAUGUAAAUGCUCAAGAGUUGUGGGUUAUGCCUUGAUAAGUCUUCUUGCUCAUGUAAUAAAAAUAUGGAAAGCAUCAGCUA